AUGGCUUCCGAAAGGCAAGCAUUGAUCCUUAUUCUCUUGUCCCUCUUGACAUUCUUCUUCACCAUCAUGUCUUCAGAGGCAUCCACUGGUGGUAUCGCCAUCUAUUGGGGCCAAAACAAUGGCGAUGGCAACUUGACCACCACUUGUGACACUGGAAAUUAUGAGAUUGUGAACCUCGCUUUCCUUACUACCUUUGGUUGUGACAGAACCCCAGCAUGGAACUUCGCAGGCCAUUGUGGCGACUGGAGUCUUUGUACCAAACUACAACCCGAAAUAGAACACUGCCAGAAUAAAGGUAUCAAAGUGUUCCUUUCACUCGGAGGUGCAAGUGAAGACUACUCCCUCUGCUCAGCCGAAGAUGCAAAGAAUGUUGCCGAGUACCUCUAUGAACACUUCCUCAGUGGAAAAUUAGGUCCACUAGGAAGUGUCACCUUGGAUGGAAUUGAUUUUGACAUCGAAAGAACAGAGAAUUAUUGGGAUGACCUUGCUAGGGAACUUGAUACUCUCAGACAGCCCAAAAAAUUCUACUUGUCUGCAGCCCCACAAUGUCCUACUAACCCAAUUUACUACCUUGGCAAAGCUAUCAAUACUGGCCUUUUCGAUUAUAUAUUUGUUCAGUUCUACAACAACGCUCAGUGUCAAUAUUCAGAUGGCAAUACUGCAUUGCUUCUUGAGUCAUGGGACGAUUGGACCUCGUUAGUUCUACCCAAUAAUUCGGUAUUCAUGGGACUACCAGCAGCGCCUGAUGCAGCUCCAAGUGGGGGUUAUAUAGAACCAGAAAAGCUAAUUUCUGAUGUACUUCCCUACAUAAAGAAGGCUUCCAACUAUGGAGGAAUUAUGCUUUGGGACAGAUUCCAUGAUGUUCAAUCUAACUACAGCGAUAAGAUAAAGCCGUAUGUUCCAAAAGAUGUGUUGCAAUUUGUGACAGGAGUUUCGGACGCAAUAUAUAUAUGAGUGUGUGUCUGCAACUCUGCGCCGCUUCCUACCAAAACCAUAUUAGAAUAUGGGCAUGGCAUAGGCGUGC